AUGCCACACGCCGCAAGAUGGGGGCUGACCCUGCCUGGAACUUCCAUACCUUCGUUUAUGUUUGGUUCUGCCGAUGCUGCUCUAGACAACAGUGAAAGGGUAUAUGUCAAUGCCAAACGCCCAAAUGAACAAUACCUCACUCUUCAUGGUUAUCGAGAAUGGGCUAAACGUUUUGCUGCUGGGCUUCAGCUCUCGGGCCUGAAAGAUGGAGAUCGUGUCAUGUUGUUCUCCGGCAAUGCCAUCUUCAAUCCAAUUGUCGUAAUGGGAUCGAUCAUGGCUGGUGCUAUAUACAACAGCGCGAAUCCAGCAUACACUCCGCGGGAACUCGCGCACCAACUCAAAGAUGCUGAGCCGCGGUUUGUCCUCGCCGCAGACAAUUGCUUUGACCGAGCAGUCGAAGCUGCAGACAUGGUUGGCUUGGACAAAAACAGGAUCUUCCUCUACACCAAUCCCCCAAUAGACCAUACAAAACGCCUAGAAAGUCCGCAAACACAACACCAGCACUGGACGAAACUCGUCGCCGGGCCAGACGCCGGCCAGGCCUUUACCUGGGAAGAUCCGAUAGCGUCACUCUCAGCCUCCCGUACCGCAAUUCUGAUUUAUUCCUCGGGAACGACAGGUCUCCCAAAAGGCGUGGAGCUCACGCACCGUGGGGUGAUCGCGAAUGUGCUUCAGCUAAAGCAGAUGCAGUUUUCUGACGCAGACAAGAGUCCAAGACGAAACCUCUGCGUUAUUCCUCUGUAUCAUGUCCUUGGUCUGCAUUACUACACAUUCACAGCCCCCAAGUUGGGAAUUCAGACUCUCCUGAUGGAGCGUUACAACCUUCCAGAUAUGUUGGAUCACAUACAGCGAUUCAAAAUCACAGACUUACUCCUUGUCCCUCCGAUUCUCGUAGCCAUGGCCAAGCACCCCUCCGUUCGUGAUGGGACAUGUGACAUCAGCAGCGUGCGGAGGGUUGUAGCGGGCGCUGCACCUAUCGGCAUGGAAGUGACGAAGCAAUUUGAAGAGCUGUUUCAUGGGGAAGUGAAGGUACGGCAGGCAUGGGGAAUGUCCGAGACACCAGCUAUCACAUUGUGCUGGCAUGACGGAGAUCGUCAGGGUACUUCAUCGAUUUCCAUAGGUGAACUCGUACCAGGCUGUGAAGCUAUGCUUGUGAAUGAAGAUGGCCAAGAAGUGACUCGUCCGAGGGUGCCAGGCGAGUUUUGGAUCCGGUCGCCCAACAUGCUGAAAGGGUACUGGCGGAACAUCCAGGCUACGAAGGACACAAUCACUCCCGAAGGGUGGCUGAAAACCGGGGACAUCGCGUACAAGGAUGAGGGCGGUAAAUGGUACAUGGUUGACCGCAAGAAGGAAUUGAUCAAAGUUCGUGGAGCACAGGUUGCACCUGCCGAGUUGGAAGCACUGCUGCUCGAACACCCUCAGAUCGUGGAUGCAGCCGUCAUCGGAAUCAAGACGCCCACCGAUGACGAAGACCCUCGUGCUUAUGUGGUGUUGGCUCCCAACGCCACGACGACGGCCGAGGAUGUGGUGAAGUACGUCAACACGCGGGUGUCGAAAAUCAAACACCUUACUGGUGGUGUUGUAUUCAUUGACGCCAUCCCCAAGAAUCCGUCUGGAAAAAUACUUCGACGACAACUCAGGGACCGCGCUGCAAAAGGCGCAUCAGCAUCGAAACUGUAA